GAGACUUUAUUUGAAAUGAGCCGCAUACCGCAGUUGGAACUGGCCAGAUUCCCACCGGCCAGUGUACUUCAUACCCAACUUCAGAUGCAUCAUCAAAUGCUUUACCGGCAGCACAAUAUGACGCACCAUCAUCAUCAUCAUCAUCAUCCCGCAGAGGAACUGACCAACAACGGAUGGCUUUUACCACCGACUCCUGGCGCCGGACCAACGCUACCCGGCAACGUAUCGGUAUCGCUUCAAAAUGCCAAACUUUGGCAACAGUUUCACGCGGAAACAACGGAGAUGAUAAUCACGAAAUUGGGCCGCCGGAUGUUUCCGUCUCUUCAGCUUCAAAUCGAGGGCCUUGAACGACGCGGACGUUACUGUCUUCUUUUGGAAGUAACGCCGGCGUCCCGACGCCGUCACAAGUACCUCGGCGGGGGCGGAGUAAAUGGCGGAUCGGUAAACUCCGGCAGGGGAUGGACGACCGCUGGACCAGCUGAACCUCAGCCACACGUUAAUCGCAGGGUUUACCUUCAUCCGGACAGCCCGGCGACCGGUUCCCACUGGAUGCAGCACCCAGUCAGUUUCAAUAAACUCAAGUUAACCAACAACGCCGUCGAUCAUCACAGCAACGUCGUCCUGACGUCGAUGCACAAGUACAUUCCUACGGUUUGGAUUGUUAGGUGUGACGAUGUAUCCAGGCUGACAUUGCUCUUCACGCAGCCAGCCUCGUCCUUCUGUUUUCCGGAAACGGAGUUUAUCGCGGUUACCGCAUACCAGAACGAGAACAUCACGAAAUUGAAAAUCGAUAACAACCCGUUCGCCAAGGGAUUCCGUGAGACGGGUCAGUCGCGUUGCAAGAGAAAAAUGCAGAGCUUCGAUUCGUCGGAAGUUGACGAGGAUCACCUCCCGCAUCACGCUGGAGUACGGGAAGAGGACGACGAGGAAAACAUGACCUCCUUGGAAUCUGCUUCGAACCCUCUGCUGCCCCAGGUCUUCGACGAGGAUCAGCGUCAGCGGGCAAAACGGGUCGCCAGCGAAAGCGGAAGUUUCGACGACAGCGGCGUCAGCAGCUCGUCUUCCUUGGCCGAUAGAAUAAGUCCUCAGUUUCAAUUGAACUCCGACAAUAACCGGAAGAGCUCUGCCACACCGGCGCCCUUUCAGCCCCCGCUUCAUCGGCCUUGGAUAGACCACGAGGAGGAGAACAAGGAGAACGCAGGGGACGACGGCGUCGCGACGCCUGAUUCGCAGAGUCAUCUUAUUCUGCAAAACCGGCAUACCACCGUCGAAAACAAUCAGAGUGCGUGGCAGCAAUACCAUAAUCAUCAUCAUCACCAGCAGCAGCAGCAGCAGUAUCCCUCGUUCGUACAGCCGGAAGUACACCAUUAUACGCGUGACGUAUUUUCACCACAUCAUCAUCGUCAACAACAACAACAUUUUUCGCCGGCCGUCGAGUUCGCCAGAAUUAAUCAACAUAUCCAGAAUCACUAUCAGCAGAUGCAUUACGGACAGUUGUACUGCAGCCAGAUCAGUCAGCUCCAAAGACUUAAGAAUAUAGCCAUGCAAUUCAACUCUCCACGUUUUACUCCAGCCUUGACACCUCGGUGCUCUGACAUUUCUCCACCGAAUCCAAUCCUCCUACCUUUUUCCCCGAGGGUUAAUAAAGUUGCAAUCGCAAGCCAAUUCGACCGUCACUCUUGUCCGCCUCUCAGCUCGCCUCCAUCGCCUUCCCUUUCAUCCGUGGCUUCUAUCGACGGGUCCUCCGCAUCUAGUUGA